GGCGGCGGCGGCGGCGGAGGCGGACGCGGACCGUGCGCGGCGGCGGGUCGCGGUGUGAGGGCGGCGAGGAGCAACGCGGGGACCGGACCGGGCCGGGGUGGCCGCCGCCGCCGCCAUGCAGGAAAUCAUCGCGAGCGUGGACCACAUCAAGUUCGACCUGGAGAUCGCCGUGGAGCAGCAGCUCGGGGCGCAGCCGCUGCCCUUCCCCGGCAUGGACAAGUCGGGGGCUGCUGUCUGCGAGUUCUUCUUGAAGGCUGCCUGUGGCAAAGGGGGCAUGUGCCCAUUCCGCCACAUCAGCGGCGAGAAGACAGUGGUAUGCAAGCACUGGCUGCGGGGACUGUGCAAGAAGGGCGACCAGUGCGAGUUCCUACACGAGUACGACAUGACCAAGAUGCCCGAGUGCUACUUCUACUCCAAGUUUGGUGAGUGUAGCAACAAGGAAUGCCCCUUCCUGCACAUCGACCCUGAGUCCAAGAUCAAGGACUGCCCGUGGUACGACCGCGGCUUCUGCAAGCACGGUCCCCUGUGCAGGCACCGGCACACACGCAGGGUGAUCUGUGUCAAUUACCUCGUGGGAUUCUGCCCGGAAGGGCCCUCGUGCAAGUUCAUGCACCCCCGCUUCGAACUGCCCAUGGGGACCACCGAGCAGCCGCCUCUGCCACAGCAGACGCAGCCUCCCGCCAAGCAAAGUAACAAUCCGCCAUUACAAAGGUCGUCCUCCUUGAUCCAGUUAACGAGUCAGAACUCUUCUCCCAACCAGCAGAGAGCCCCGCAGGUCAUCGGGGUCAUGCAGAGUCAGAACAGCAGCACGGGCAACCGGGGACCCCGGCCACUGGAGCAGGUCACCUGUUACAAGUGUGGCGAGAAAGGACACUACGCCAACAGAUGUACUAAGGGGCACCUGGCCUUCCUCAGUGGACAGUGACCUCAGCUGGAGCGUGCGCAGAGCCCCAAGGGCCGUCCUUGGAGCAUAUGCUGAACUGGGGUCCCUGUGCCCGGGCGGCUCUCUCCCCAGCGCAUAGUACACUGUGCUGCCUCGUUCUUGGCUGCGCCUGUCACCUCCCCAUCAUUUGCUGGAAUUUUAAGGGACACCUGCUUCACCUUGUCCUUCACCAUCAUCAUGUCUGGACAUCGGUGUCCCCCGUGGCGUUCCCACACGCCUGCCCCCUAGUGGCCGGGAGGGGCUCAUGCAAAGCAGCUUGGGGGAAGUUGGCCAUCUCCUACUGGACCCCACGGGACAGGUCAGUGGUGCCUCCGGCCCCUGCCACUUCCUCCUGCUGAAUUCUGAAGCUGUGCCUAUCCAUGUGAGUUGACCGCGGUCACCUUCAGGGCAAAUUCAAGUGCGCUUGUCCCUCUGCCCGGACCUGGUCCAGUGGCAGGCUCGAGGGGGCUAGGCACGCCCCGGGGAGCCCCUGGCCCACUGCCUGGCAGUGGGUAAGGUGUGCCUUAAGCUGAAGCCCUGUGCACCUACCUCCUGGCCAGCAAGUGUCUGUGCUGUCACCAGACCCCCUUGGGCCUGUGGAGACCACCCAUCCCAGCCUGGAAAUGUGAAACCGUCACCCACAACCGCUGGGCCAGUGGGUCUGUCCAAGUUCAAUUAUAAGAACAAUGUUCAUCAGAGUCGCUCAGAGCC